UGCCAACAGAUUCAGUUCAGAAACCCAAUAACUUUUUGGAAUUGCACAGACAAAGAAACCCGUGAAUCACUGAACUUGAACGGAAGCCCCUUUGUCUUCUCGGCUAGUGAGAACAUGUUCACCGCGGUGAGUUGCGCUGUACGAGCCUUAAUGUCUUCAUCAUCCUUAGAUGAAUUUGAAAUUUCGGCAGGCUGCAAGUCCAAGUGCUCAACAACGUUAACAGACCAACUGUUGGAUAAUUGCUCGGCCGGAGUGAAUUGCUGCCAAACUACCAUUCCUUCUUAUGGGAUCAAGACCUUCUCCACCACAUUUCAACCCGAGACAGAUAAAACAUGCAAGUAUGCCUUCGUAGUAGACCAAGAAUGGUUCAUUUCCAAGUUCAACAAUACAACUUUUGAUGCCCUUCGCGAUAUGGAUUACGUUCCUGCAACUCUAGAAUGGAGCUUAAACAGGUAUUCAAAACACCAAAUUUACGGAACAAAUCUAUCCGCUUUACAACUUACACAGUUGUUACGGAACAACUCAAUCCGUUGCCUCGGAGAUUCUUCCAUUUCCUCAGUGAAUCAGACAGCAGCACUGUCAGUGCAGGGUUGUUACUGCAAGGACGGCUUUGAAGGAAAUCCGUAUCUUUUGGAUGGAUGUCAAGGUAAAACCUCAUCGAUCAAAACUUCAUCAUUGAUGGUGUUACUAUAUAAAAUAAGAUAUCAAUGA